CCGCGGCGCUUCCCCGCGCGCCAAGAUGGCGGCCCCCGCCUCGGCCGUUCUGGCCCGCGCCGCCUCUGUCUCGGUGCCCCGGGCGGAGCGAUGGAGGCGCUGCUGGGCUGGCAGUUCGAGGAGUCUCUGUUCGCCCCGAGCCGGGAGCGGGGCGCGGGCGGCGGGGCAGGGGCGGCCUGCGGCGCGAGGCACUGCGAGCCCCGCUGGUUCAUCGAGGCAGAUGGCGGGGAUGAUGCCGGAAGGCUGACGGCAAGCAAAUUCCGGGCAGACUGGGCAUACCGGCAGCGGGAGUUUGAGAAAGCCCUGUGUGAAUACUCAGAGUGCUUACUACUCUUACCUCCCAGUAACGUUGCAAUGAGACGAGAUGUCCAAGAGGGCCAGGCUCGGUGUUUAUCUUGCCUAGGAAGGCACAAGGAGGCCUUGGAUAUUGCAGAAAAAAUGAGCAACAGCGCUACUAACACAGAUCACUUAACAACGGUUCUCAACCUACAGUUUGCCAUUUACCAGGGUCUGGAAAAUGUAGAAAAAAAGAUCAUGUGUCUGCAGCAACUGAUCUGCUUACAUCCUUUCCACCCUUGGUACUGGAAGUCACUUGCUGAAGCUUAUAUGAGCCUUUUACGGAGUCUGUCUCCUUUAGUCGUCCCAGAAGCAGAUCUAAAUCAGUCUGAAGAGGUUGGUGUGGGUAAUAGUAGUUUCAAAACAUCAGCUGGAAGAGACAUUAAUUUGCAGCCUCACAGAUCAGAUGGCCAGAAAGAAAGCUCUUGGUCCAGCCUUGCUACAGAAACGGUGAGGGAGAAUGCAGUGACUUGCAGCAGCGGCCAAGUUGUAAAAGAAUUCCUCCUCACUUCAGAAGAACCGGAAAGGACAAACGAAGGGAAAUGCGCAACCUCUGAGUCCUGGGAGCAGAACAUGUGGAAGAAAGUUAGGAUAAGUGCUUGUGCCUCAUUUAUCAGAGCAAGGCUUUUACUUCAGCUUACCCAGUUGCAACAGUCGUCCUUUGCGCUAGAGAAUAACAUAGAAGGUCAAAAAGACAUUGAUGACAAAGUGGCACGGCUUGGUUUCAAUGAAAACUCCUUGCUGUUGAUGACCAAGGUUAUGGGGCAGGACCUUAUACCAGAAAAACUAAAAGAGGAAUUUCAAGGGGAGGUAAAAUGCAUAGGUGCUGCAGUGCUGUCGUCAUUGGUAACUGCAUCAGGAACAGAAUUUGAAAUUAAGUGGUUCAGUAAUCUCCAAGAUGGUUUAUGUGGCUUUGAGAGACAAUUCUCUUCAGAUAGUUAUCUCCCCCCUUCAAUAACUUAAAGGUUUUGUUCUAUUUACUCUCAUAUGAAUCUCCAGAUGAUUGUGGAGUGAUACAUGCAGUAAAGUUCAUAUUACUUUUUGUAAGAAUUCCUACUCUAUACCUUUGAAGAAUAUAUAUAAAUCUCUGCAUUUAAACUCUUAACGUCUC